AUGUGGAUCGAGGCGAACCCGGAACUUCUGCUAUCGCUCCCCGAUGAACCAAUCAAGCUUGUGGACAUCCCGCACACCCCGCUCGUCGCCUACACCACCAAAUUUCUGGUAACGGUGCUCAACCAGUACACCCUAAUCCCCGUCGCCACCCACACCCGCCAACAGAAGCUGGCCGACCAACACGGACACAAUGUCGACGUCAAAACGAAACACAUCACCGUCCACUCGGCCCAGCUCCAGAAACUCGUGCAGUUUGAGCUCGUAGUGGAGACGCUGAACCACUACCUUAUCGUCUACCACGGGCGCGUUGAGCCCCACCGCCACCUCUACGAGGUCCAUAAAGGCGACCAAGUGCUCCAGCUGGGUUUACCAGUCGCGUCUGACCAGCUGCCGUGGCUGUUACGGCUGAUUUUCCAGCUGGCGCUGAAACUAUUGGCUCCACCACCACAACCAAUUAUGGUGGAAACCUCACAUGAAAAUAACGAUGACGAUAACUUUACCAUUGAACUGGUGCGGCUCGCGGUGUUUAAAGUGCUUAAGAUCCUGAUUGGCAUCGACCGGUGGUGGUUAAAGGCCAAUUCGCAUAACCUCAUUGUGUUCUCUCAAGAUCAACUUCAAGUGGUCAAUUUGCAAAGUUUCAAGCACGAAGUGGUGUUGUUAGCCGACCAGAGCUGGUACUCGGGUUCCCAAGUCAAAUUCAUUGAGUAUAACCCGUAUCUGGGCUAUUUUCUUGCCGUCAACGCCGCCAACGAACUCUGGUACUUUGAGCUCACCAAAGGUGAUUCCGGCAUUGCCACCACCGGCCACCGCGUCGACCUGUUCGCUGGACUCCACACAGUGAAGAUCAGCUUCAGUUCUCAAGGGUUAACGCUUAUUCAGCUCAAUUCGUCAUUACGUCUAUUUUCAGAGAGUUUCGCCUUGAUCAAGCUGGUGCCGGCACCAGAGCUGGUUGAAAUAGUGUGGGCCCCGUCAGGCCAGUUUUACGUCGCUAUUGACCACGAUACAGGCUACUACCGCCUCGUUUCCCGCAUGGGCCACACCACGUUUGACCUGGCAAUCAUCCAACAAGAACUCACCCAGCCGUUCGUCAAAGCUCGCCAGUGUGUCAUUGCCGGCAACUCCGAAGUGAUGUACGUCGUUGGCGACAAGCUCUGGCAGUUACGCCUCCAGAGCGUCACCGAUAACGGCCACCUAUUUUACACCCACGACUACUUCGGCACCGUGUCUCGCCGCGUGACCAAGUACCCGAUACCGCCCAGGCUCAAACGGGUGAUGGCCCGCAUCGACGGCAACGCCAGCACGUACUACAUCCACCACUCGCUCAGCGGCCAGUACGCCAUCACCUACGGCGACCACAUCGCGGUGCUGACGCCAGCCAUGACACCUCCUUUGAAUUGGUACUUCUGUGACAACACCCACGAGCCCAUCAACGUGGUGUUUUCAUUCUGGUUCCGUGACUUUUUAGGGGUUAUUGUCCGUGAUGAUACUACUGACGAAGUAGUGGUAUUUGACUCGCGCCACACCAAAUACACUCACAGCUCGUUCUCGUUUGAUACCGAGCUGGUGGUGGCGAAAUACGCCGUCAGUGCUCGCGUGGGCGCGUGCCACAUGACUGGUCUGACCCUCGUAAUGAUGCUAACCAAUCAGAUCACCAUGGUCCAGUUUACCACUAAUCAGGAUAAAGUGAGCCUCAGCGGGUCGCUGAUCAACUUGCUGCUGAUCAAGAACCAGCUAAACACCCGCUUGGUGAGCCAGGUGGAUAAAGUCGGCGACCACUUCUUGCUCCUCAUGACCACGGGCGACUUCAUGAUCCUCCACAGCCUCGGCGGCUCCCAGUACGAGCUCGUGCUCAUUUCAAAAGGAGUAGAGUGGUUCAGGAUUGAUAGCGUCGCCUACCGCGACGGCAGCGCCGACUACGUCUACGCCCUCUGUCGUGACACCGUGUUUGUCUACCCGCUCGCCGCGGUGUGUGCCGGCGACACUCCCCAGCCCCUCGCCAUCACUGUCAGUGGAUUCCUGCCGCUCCGGCUUUGUCUGACUGCGAAACUGAUCGACUUAGUUGGGCUAGAACACGUCGUCAACCAUAACCGCCUAGCGGUGAAAACCGGCCACCGAGGCGUCCUCCACCACUUCAUCGAGCACGACCUCGUCCACACCCCCAAGGAGUUGGUCGUCCCCCGAUUGCUGAGCCGUUAUAGCGGCUACGACAGCUACAACUACUGCCUCGAAGUGUUGCUUGUGCGCUACCUUACCGAGAUCGAUAAGCCACCAGUGCUCGAUAAGCUCAUGGAGGUCGUCGACGACCUGGUAUACAUCAACUGCUUGCGCAAAAUCGAAGUGGGCUACUGGGAUAAGUUUUUCACUGCCCUUGGAACGACGGCCGAGGAUUAUAUGGCCAAGUUGAUCGAGAAGGGAGACGUCGAACGGUGCUACCACUACCUCAUCAUCUACCUCAACGCCGACACCAAGGACGAUGUCGACAACGAGGUGAUUCUCAAGAUCUUCCGCAUGCUCCAGCGCGCCGGCCGCUGGGACUGGUGCUUCGAGCUCUGCCGGUUCGUUAAACUUAUCGACCGCGAUUUCUUACUUGAGCUUCGCCGUGAGCUUGUCGAUGAUGAUACCAAGCUCGCCGUCGAGGCCGACGAGAAAUUGAUCCUCGCCUAG